AUGGAGGUUCUAGCGUCUGAUGGUAUUCACACAGCAAGUGCGACCGUUGAAAUCUCUGUCCAAAAGAUAUCAACAGAGGCGAAUGGUUUCCGCUUCCCUCAAGUCGAGUACGCGACAAGCGUUAAGGAAAACACCACUUUCGUUCCUGGAGAGCCUCUCAUAGCUGUGACUGCGGUCGGAGCUCCGGAAGGUGCCAGUGUGACGUAUCGAAUUUUGAAUGAACGUGAAGAAGUGUUCAUCCACGAAGGAACCGGAAUGAUUUCUCUCACCGGGAAACGCUUUGAUAGGGAAGAGGAAGCAAAUGUUCGAUUACUUGUGCAG